AUGGAUGCGAUACAAGACGAAGAAGGAUGGCGCUUCGUCGGCGCCCUCUCUUCCUUCCAAGACCUUAGCCAUAGCCACCUUCACGAUGGCACCUGCCGAGUUCUGACUGGAUGCAAGACCUUCCGUAUCCCCAGGCCAGAGCAGGACAAGCCAAGAACAAGUCAGUCCCGUUCGAGCCUGGACGAGCAGGUGCUUGUUUUCAAGUACAAGGGGUCCAUGCACGCCAUUGACAACGUGAGUGCCGUCAUCUGCUUGCUUUACUACCUGCACUUCCAAGCUAAGCUAGGUUGGGUUAUGCUCAAACAGAGAUGCCCGCACUCCUCAUUCCCACUUAAGCAGGGCACCGUCUUCGACAUUGAGGAUGCAGGUGCGGGGGUCAAGUGCUUCCGCCAUGGCUGGACGUUUGAUCUUCUUUCUGGACGGGCGGAUCGUGGGAAUGGGAGUAUUAAGCUUGCGUUUUGGGAUAUUGAGCUCCGAGAUCUCGGGCCGCUAAAGGCUGGGAUCGCUAUUGGGGUUGACGAGGGCGAUAGUGAUCAGGAGGAUGGUGGCGUCGCUGAUCAGGGAGUAUGGGUCAGAAGGCAAUCAUAG